GUAUAAGAAAUAGGAUGGAAAACAGUAAAAAGCCAUCAUAUAAAUCAGUGGUACAGCCUCAGCUGGAACUCUCAGUUCUGCGUCACCCCAUCUCAAAAAGGCCAUAACAGAAAUAGAGGUUGUUCGGAGGUAGGUGCUGAAAAUGAUUAGAAGCCUGAAAAACAAUUCCCCAUGAAGAGAGAGUGGUGUUUAUAUUGCUGUUUAGUUUGGUAUUUGUAGUUUGGUGAGUACAGAGAAAGUAGAUCAGAUACUUCCCUUCAUGAAUUUUAAGUUUCUUGGAGUAUGUUUUUACAAUGUGCAUGUGGAACUCAAUCUGACAAUCUAUGUUUGAAACCAUAAGCUUAAUGGAUAAGACCAAAAUAUAAAUCAUAAAAACAUCCACAGUUAGAAUAGAGUGGGUAGAAAAUUAUAAGAGAUAUAAACCCAUAUGCUUAAGUGUUGGACCUAACCAUGAAGUUCUGGGGGUUAGAAAGAAAAUUCUCUUAUGGGAAAGUAAUUCCUCUGAAGCAUCUGGUAUUGGCCAUUGCUGGAGAUAAGAUACUAGACAAUGAACCACUCGUCUGAUCUAUUACAGCAAUUUCUGUAAUCUUAAAUAUGUUUUUUGUAUCGGGGGGGGGGGGGGAGAGAAAAAGUGUUUGAGGUAAUUAAAUGGGCAUCCCAAAGCUCUAGUAUUAACUGCUUUCCUUUCCCCUCUCUCACAGUGGAUUCUCACGGUAACCUUAUAAUGGUUUAGCCUGGGCUAGAGGCUGACUAAGAGCUAGUGUUAAAUAUAAAUACAAAUUAAUAAUAAAUGAGGGUAGAAGAAAGUAAAGCAUUGGUGUGAAAUUGACAGUAGGCUGAGUUCUGCGGAUUCCACAUUACAUCUGCAUGCAGCUCUUCUCUGGCUGUUGCGUGGGAGUAAUUGAAUGCUGCCUAUUGGUCACAAAGCAGGAAUGACAGAUAGGAUCACCAAACCUAACUUAUGAAAAGUAAAAAUACGAACACUUCUUACUUUCCCUCUCUCCAGCACCUUCCACCAAAGCGAUUCAAGAACAUUUUACAAACCUGAAUGAACUAAGCCACCGAUCAUCUGGGUGAGGGCAGACAGUUUGCAAUCAGCCUGACUUUGUCCCUGCAGCUGCUCCAACAAGAAAAUCAGCAAGAAGAGUUUGUUUUUAGGAGACCACAACAGACCAUUUUGGCCAAACAUCUCAUUUGUUUUUGUAUUUGCCAAAGUGAGAAAGCAAAGUGAGGAAAAUGGCACAGUUGAAGUACAUGCCAGGAUUUGGUAAUGAAUGUGUCUCUGAAGAUCCACGCUGCCCUGGAGCUUUACCAGAAGGACAGAAUAACCCUCAGGUCUGCCCAUACGGUCUGUAUGCAGAACAGCUCUCGGGCUCUGCCUUCACCUGCCCCAGGUCCACCAAUAAGAGAAGCUGGCUAUAUAGAAUUCUACCCUCUGUCUGUCACAAGCCCUUUCAACCCAUGGAUCAGGGCCACCUGACACACAACUGGGAUGAAGCGGAAGCUGACCCCAACCAGCUGAGAUGGAAGCCUUUUGAGAUCCCCAGAGCCUCUGAAAAAAAGCUGGACUUUGUGAGUGGUUUGCACACAUUGUGUGGAGCUGGGGAGCCCAGGUCACGGAAUGGGAUUGCCAUCCACAUCUUCACCUGUAACACCUCUAUGAUUAAUAGGUGUUUUUACAAUUCAGAUGGAGACUUCCUGAUUGUGCCACAGCAAGGGAAGCUGCUCAUCACCACCGAGUUUGGCAAAUUGCUGGUGGAGCCCAAUGAGAUCUGUGUCAUUCAGCAAGGGAUGCGUUUCAGUGUGGAAGUGUUUGGAGAAACCAGGGGCUACGUCCUGGAGGUGUAUGGCGCGCAUUUUGAGCUACCUGACCUGGGACCCAUCGGGGCCAAUGGUCUGGCUAACCCACGAGAUUUCUUAGUGCCAGUUGCCUGGUAUGAAGAUUGCCAAGUAGCAGGUGGCUACACAGUGAUCAGCAAGUACCAGGGCAAGUUGUUUUCAGCCCAACAGGAUUUCUCCCCAUUCAAUGUGGUGGCCUGGCAUGGGAACUACACACCAUACAAAUACAAUCUGGAUAACUUUAUGGUCAUCAAUUCUGUUGCUUUUGACCAUGCGGACCCAUCUAUUUUCACUGUCUUGACAGCCAAGUCAACCCGACCUGGAGUGGCACUUGCUGACUUUGUCAUCUUCCCACCUCGAUGGGGGGUGGCUAACAACACCUUCCGGCCACCUUAUUACCACAGGAACUGUAUGAGCGAGUUCAUGGGGCUGAUCAAAGGGCGCUAUGAAGCGAAGGAAGAAGGGUUCCAGCCAGGAGGGGGCAGCCUGCACAGCAUGAUGACACCCCAUGGGCCAGACGCUGAGUGUUUUGAGAAGGCAAGCAAAGCCAGGCUAGCGCCCGAGAGAGUUGCAGAAGGGACCAUGGCCUUCAUGUUCGAGUCCUCCUUCAGCAUGGCUGUUACCACGUGGGGCCUCAAGACCUCCAACUGUCUAGAUAAGACCUACUACAAGUGCUGGGAACUGCUGAAAAGCCAUUUUAAUCCUAGCUGCAAGUAAACAAAAGUGAACUGCUUGUGCGCGCUCAGGCCUGUCACACUGAUGGGAAACAAUCAAUGAUACCUACAGGGGCAAGGGCUGGCAAAGGAGCAAGCAUCUGUCAGUGCAGCGAGCGCCAUUGCACUGCAGCCAUUCCAACAGCGACUGAUUAAAUGAAUUACUCUUGCAAA